CUCAGACAUCAGGACUGACGAGGGAGAACGAGCAGCUUCUUCUCUCUCAACGUUUCCUUGAUACAUGAAGGUAAAAAGUGUCUGAAGUGGAUAUGAAGUGAGUUCAGCAGAUUCAAAUUAUGAGAAAAUUACAGUAUCCUCACAUCAAAUGCACACAGACUGCAAGACUUAUGAGAGAGAAUAAGCAGCUUCUUCUCUCCAAAUGUUUCCUCGACACACAAAAAGGUGGAAAGUGUCUGAAGUUGAUCUGAAAUGAGUUCAGCAGGUAGUAAACCAUGAAUCAUUGUGAGGACAGAGAGGAGGGAGUCGCUCCCUCUGAUACCACUCUGUGUGGGGAACAUGAGAACCAGAACAAAGCUCAGAGAACAAAGCAGCAGAACAGACCAGGUUCUCCUGCUCCCAGCUUUGUGUCCAUGAAGAGUGAUCGGUCUAUGAUUGGUCCCAUUAACUUAAAAGAUGGACUCCAGUCUGUUCAUGGAAGGAUGAAUCAUCCGAAACCAGGCUCUCCUGAACCCAGCUGUGUUUCCAUGAAGAGUGACAGGUCUAUGAUUGGUCCCAUUAACUUAAAAGAUGAACACCAGUCUGUUCAUGGAGGCAUUAACCAGCAGAACUCAGAGGAUCUCAGAGGUCAGUCUGUCCCUCAGCAUCGAACAGAUCUGGACUUCAUAUUGAUGCUGCUGGAGGAAAACAUCAUCGGUUACGUGAAGAAUGAGAUGAGGAAAAUCCAGAAGGUUCUGAGUCCAGAUUACCCAGAAUGCUUAGAGAGUCAAAGGGAGGAGGAGGAGGAGUUGGAGGGUGAGGAUGAAGAGCAGAGGAGGAGCAGCAGAGAGUCAUUUCUGAAGAUCACACUGCACUUCCUGAGGAGAAUGAAGCAGGAGGAGCUGGCAGACAGCCUUCAGAACAGGAUGAUUGCUGCGAUAUGCCAACAAAAACUCAAGUCCAACCUGAAGAAGAAGUUCCAGUGUGUGUUUGAGGGGAUCACUACAGCAGGAAACCCAACUCUUCUGAAUCAGAUCUACACAGAGCUCUACAUCACAGAGGGAGGGACUGCAGAGGUCAAUGAUGAACAUGAGGUCAGACAGAUUGAAACAGCAUCCAGGAAACCAGACAGAGCAGAAACAACCAUCAGACAAGAAGACAUCUUUAAAGGCUCACCUGGAAGAGAUGAACCAAUCAGAACAGUGAUGACAAAGGGAGUGGCUGGCAUUGGGAAAACUGUCUUAACACAGAAGUUCACUCUGGACUGGGCUGAAGACACCAACCAGGACAUCUACUUCACAUUUCCAUUCACUUUCAGAGAGCUGAAUGUGUUGAAAGAGAAAAAGUUCAGUUUGAUGGAACUUGUUCAUCACUUCUUCACUGAAACCAAAGAAGCAGGAAUCUGCAGCUUCCAACACUUCCAGGUUGUGUUCAUCUUUGACGGUCUGGAUGAGUGUCGACUUCCUCUGGACUUCCACAAAAACGAGAUCCUGACUGAUGUUACAGAGUCCACCUCAGUGGAUGUGCUGCUGACAAACCUGAUCAGGGGGAAACUGCUUCCCUCUGCUCGCCUCUGGAUAACCACACGACCUGCAGCAGCCAAUCAGAUCCCUCCUGAGUGUGUUGACAUGGUGACAGAGAUCAGAGGGUUCUCUGACCCACAGAAGGAGGAGUACUUCAGGAAGAGAUUCAGAGAUAAGAAGCAGGCCAUCAGUAUCAUCUCCCACAUCAAGACAUCACGAAGCCUCCACAUCAUGUGCCACAUCCCAGUCUUCUGCUGGAUCACUGCUACAGUUCUGGAGGACCUGCUGAAAACCAGAGAGGGAGGAGAGCUUCCCAAGACCCUGACUGAGAUGUACAUCCACUUCCUGGUGGUUCAGACCAAAGUGAAGAAGGUCAAGUAUGAUGGAGGAUCUGAAACAGAUUCACCCUGGAAUCCAGAGAGCAGGAAGAUGAUUGAGUCUCUGGGAAAACUGGCUUUUGAGCAGCUGCAGAAAGGAAAUCUGAUCUUCUAUGAAUCAGAUCUGACAGAGUGUGGCAUCGAUAUCAGAGAGGCCUCAGUGUAUUCAGGAGUGUUCACACAGAUCUUCAAAGAGGAGAGAGGACUGGACCAGGACAAGGUGUUCUGCUUUGUCCAUCUGAGUGUUCAUGAGUUUCUGGCUGCUCUUCAUGUUCAUCAAACCUUCAUCAACUCCCGUGUCAACCUGAUGGAAGAACAGACAACAUCUUGUUUGUUUAACAUCUUUACAAACAAACUUUCACUAGCGCAUGUCCACCAGACAGCUGUGGACGAAGCUUUGCAGAGUCCAAAUGGACACCUGGACUUGUUCCUGCGCUUCCUCCUGGGUCUUUCACUGCAGACCAAUCAGAAUCUCCUACGAGGCCUGCUGACAGAGACAGAAAGUGGCUCAAAGACCAAACAGGAAACAGUCCAGUACAUCAAGAAGAAGCUCAAUGAGAAUCUGUCUGCAGAGAGAAGCAUCAAUCUGUUCCACUGUCUGAAUGAACUGAAUGAUCGUUCUCUCGUGGAGGAGAUCCAAAUGUCCAUGAGAUCAGGAUGUCUGUCCACAGAAAAACUGUCUCCUGCUCAGUGGUCAGCUCUGGUCUUCAUCUUACUGUCAUCAGAAGAACAUCUGGAGGUGUUUGACCUGAAGAAAUACUCUGCUUCAGAGGAGGCUCUUCUGAGGCUGCUGCCAGUGGUCAAAGCCUCCAACAAAGCUGUACUGAGCAGCUGUAACCUCUCAGAGAGAAGUUGUGAAGCUCUGUCUUCAGUCCUCAGCUCUCAGUCCUCCAGUCUGAGAGAUCUGGACCUGAGUAACAACGACCUGCAGGAUUCAGGAGUGAAGCUGCUUUCUGCUGCACUAAAGAGUAAACACUGUGAACUGGAAAGUCUCAGUCUGUCAGGUUGUCUGGUCACAGAAGAAGGUUGUUCUUCUCUGGUCUCAGCUCUGAGCUUCAAUCCCUCCCAUCUGAGAGAGCUGGACCUGAGCUACAAUCAUCCAGGAGACUCAGGAGUGAAUCUGCUUUCUGCUGCAGUGGAGGAUCCACACUGGAGGCUGGACACUGUCAGGGUGGAAAAUGGUGGAGAAGAGAGAAUGAAACCUGGUUUGAGAAAAUAUGCCCUCAAACCCGAGCUGGAUCCAAACACAGCAAACAGAUACCUCAAACUGUCUGGGAGUCACAAGAGGGUGAGAGUGGUGGAGGAGAAGCAACCAUAUCCUGAUCACCCAGAGAGAUAUGACGGCUUUCAGUUGCUGCAUAGUAACAGUCUGACAGACCGUUCUUAUUGGGAAGUAAAGUGGACAGGGUGGGUGGACAUCGGUGUCACUUACAAAGAAAGCAGAAAGAGGGGCAACAGUGCUGACUCUCACCUUGGAAGGAAUCAUCACUCCUGGAGUCUGAAGUGUUCUGAUGGAGGUUACUCUGUCUGGCAUGACAAUAGAGAAACUGCAAUCCCUCUGCCUCCUAAUUCUUCCGAUGCAGUAGCAGUGUAUGUGGACUAUCCUGCUGGCAUCCUGUCCUUCUACAGAGUCUCCCCUGACUCUCUGAUCCACCUCCACACCUUCAACACCACAUUCACUGAACCUCUGUAUCCUGGAUUUAGGUUCUGGUCAUUUGACUCCUCAGUGAGUCUGUGCGAGUUAUCAGAGAUCAUAAUUUGCCGUCAGUUUCAGUGCCAACAACACCUCAAGUCCAACCUGAAGAAGAAGUUCCAGUGUGUGUUUGAGGUGAUCGCGAAAGCAGGAAACCCAACUCUUCUGAAUCAGAUCUACACAGAGCUCUACAUCACAGAGGGAGGAACUGCAGAGGUCAAUGAUGAACAUGAGGUCAGACAGAUUCAAGCAGCAUCCAGGAAACCAGACAGAGCAGAAACAACCAUCAGACAAGAAGACAUCUUUAAAGGCUCACAUGGAAGAGAUGAACCAAUCAGAACAGUGAUGACAAAGGGAGUGGCUGGCAUUGGGAAAACUGUCUUAACACAGAAGUUCACUCUGGACUGGGCUGAAGACAAAACCAACCAGGACAUCCACUUCACAUUUCCAUUCACUUUCAGAGAGCUGAAUGGGUUGAAAGAGAAAAAGUACAGUUUGGUGGAACUUGUUCAUCACUUCUUUACCGAAACCAAAGAAGCAGGAAUCUGCAGCUUCCAACACUUCCAGGUUGUGUUCAUCUUUGACGGUCUGGAUGAGUGUCGACUUCCUCUGGACUUCCACAACAACGAGAUCCUGACUGAUGUUACAGAGUCCACCUCAGUGGAUGUGCUGCUGACAAACCUGAUCAGGGGGAAACUGCUUCCCUCUGCUCAUCUCUGGAUAACCACACGACCGGCAGCAGCCAAUCAGAUCCCUCCUGAGUUUGUGGACGUGGUGACAGAGAUCAGAGGGUUCACUGACCCACAGAAGGAGGAGUACUUCAGGAAGAGAUUCAGAGAUGAGGAGCAGGCCAUUGGCAUCAUCUCCCACAUCAAGACAUCACGAAGCCUCCACAUCAUGUGCCACAUCCCAGUCUUCUGCUGGAUCACUGCUACAGUUCUGGAGGAGAUGUUGAAAACCAGAGAGGGAGGAGAUCUGCCCAAGACCCUGACUGAGAUGUACAUCCACUUCCUGGUGGUUCAGACCAAAGUGAAGAAGGUCAAGUAUGGUGGAAAAGCAGAGACAGAUCCACACUGGAGUCCAGAGAGCAGGAAGAUGAUUGAGUCUCUGGGAAAACUAGCUUUUGAGCAGCUGCAGAAUGGAAACCUGAUCUUCUAUGAAUCAGACCUGGCAGAGUGUGGCAUCGAUAUCAGAGAGGCCUCAAAGUAUUCAGGAGUGUUCACACAGAUCUUCAAAGAGGAGAGAGGACUAUACCAGGACAAGGUGUUCUGCUUCGUCCAUCUGAGUGUUCAUGAAUUUCUGGCUGCUCUUUAUGUCCACCAGACCUUCAUUAACUCAGGUGUCAACCUGAUGGAAGAACAGACAACAUAUUGUUUGUGUCGCAUCUUUACAAACAAACCUAAACUAAAACAUCUACACCAGAGUGCAGUGGAUGAGGCCUUGCAGAGUCCAAAUGGACACCUGGACUUGUUCCUGCGUUUCCUCCUGGGUCUUUCACUGCAGACCAAUCAGAAUCUCCUACGAGGCCUGCUGACAGAGACAGAAAGUGGCUCAAAGACCAAACAGAAAACAGUACAGUACAUCAAGAAGAAGCUCAAUGAGAAUCUGUCUGCAGAGAGAAGCAUCAAUCUGUUCCACUGUCUGAAUGAACUGAAUGAUCGUUCUCUAGUGGAGGAGAUCCAACAGUCCCUGAGAUCAGGACGUCUGUCCACAGAUGAACUGUCUCCUGCUCAGUGGUCAGCUCUGGUCUUCAUCUUACUGUCAUCAGAAGAACAUCUGGACGUGUUUGACCUGAAGAAAUUCUCUGCUUCAGAGAAGGCUCUUCUGAGGCUGCUGCCAGUGGUCAAAGCCUCCAACAAAGCUGUGUUGAGCAGCUGUAAUCUUUCAGAGAGAAGCUGUGAAGCUCUGUCCUCAGUUCUCAGCUCUCAGUCCUCCAGUCUGAGAGAUCUGGACCUGAGUAACAACGACCUUCAGGAUUCAGGAGUGAAGCUGCUUUCUGUUGGACUGAAGAGUCCACAAUGUGAACUGGAAACUCUCAGUCUGUCAGGUUGUCUGGUCACAGAAGAAGGUUGUUCUUCUCUGGUCUCAGCUCUGAGCUUCAAUCCCUCCCAUCUGAGAGAGCUGGACCUGAGCUACAAUCAUCCAGGAGACUCAGGAGUGAAUCUGCUUUCUGCUGCAGUGGAGGAUCCACACUGGAGACUGGACACUGUCAGGCUGAGCAGCUGUAACCUCUCAGAGAGAAGCUGUGAAGCUCUGUCCUCAGUUCUCAGCUCAGAGUCCUCUAGUCUGAGAAAUCUGGACCUGAGUAACAAUGACUUGAAGGAUUCAGGAGUGAAGCUGCUUUCUGUGGGACUGAAGAGUAAACACUGUGAACUGGAAACUCUCAGGCUAGCUGUGUGUCAACUGCCAUGGCAAAGCUGUGAAGCUCUGUCCUCAGUUCUCAGCUCUGAGUCCUCUAGUCUGAGAAAUCUGGACCUGAGUAACAACGACUUGAAGGAUUCAGGAGUGGAGGUGCUUUCUGCUGGACUGAAGAGUCCACACUGUGAACUGGAAGUCCUCGGUUUGUCAGGUUGUCUAGUCACAAAAGAAGGUUGUUCUUCUCUGGUCUCAGCUAUGAGCUCCAAUCCUUCCCAUCUAAAAAAGCUGGACUUGAGCUACAAUCAUCCAGGAGACUCAGGAGUGAAGAUGCUUUCUGCUGAAGUGAAGGAUCCACACAGGAGACUGGACACUAUCAGUGUGGACAAUGGUGGAGGACAAUGGCUAAAACCUGGUCUGAAGAAGUGUGAGUAUGCAUGUGAACUCACACUGGACAGAAACACUGCACACAGAAAGCUCAAACUUUCUGAUAGUGACAGGAAGGUGACGCUGGUGAGGGAGAAGGAGCAGCCUUAUCCUGAUGAUAUCCUGAGGUUUGACCGCUGCUAUCAGUUGCUGUGUAGAAAUGGCCUGACUGGUCGAUGUUACUGGGAGGUGGAGUGGAGAGGAGAGGUGCAUGUAUCAGUGAGUUACAAAGGAAUUGACAGGAAAGGAGACGGCGCCAACUGCAGGCUUGGAGGGAAUGAUCAGUCAUGGAGUCUGAGCUGCUCUGAUGGUGGUUACUCUGCCAGUCACAAUAACAGAGGAGCAUCCAUCUCCUCAACCUCUCCUGUUUCCAAGAGAGUAGCAGUGUAUGUGGACUAUCCUGCUGGCGUUCUGUCAUUCUACAGAGUCUCUUCAGACUCUCUGAUCCACAUCUACACCUUCAAUACCACAUUCACUGAACCUCUGUAUCCAGGCUUUGGGUUUGGGUUUGGUUUGGGGGUGGAGUCUUUGUUGCUGUCACUGGAUUCUUCCGUCACUCUGUGUUCGCUAUAA